UAUCCACAGGAAUGUAGAAGGCUAGUUUGGAUGAUCCACACACACUGGCUAUUAUUUCUAAUUGCUUUUUGAGCAUUUCUUAAAAGCGGGAGUACACAAAUGUACAGCGUACCCAGACUGAUGGUGAAUACUUUCCCCCACGGUAGGUUGACAGCCAAGUGUGAAUGUUGUCCCUGAAAGGAGAUAAAACAAGAGAAAUCCAAGGAAAUGGGUGGGAACUAACACCUGUUCCGUUUGAGUGUGCAUACAGAUGAGAUGUUACUGUAUUUCUUUGAGAGUCAAGAAAGGAAAUAGAAUGAGAAAGAAAAAGCAAUAAACCUAGGGAAAUGCAAAUCAAAACCACAAUGAUCUACCCACCAGAAUGGCUAUAGUCAAAACGACAGACAAUAAUUAAUGUUGCCCAGGACAUGGAGAAAUUGGAACCCUCAUGCAUGGUGAAAAUGGGGCAGCCACUUUGGAAGACAACCUGGCAGUUCCUCAAAAGAUUAAACACAGACUUAACUACGUGACCUCACAAUUUCAUUCCUAGCUGUUGCCCUAGGAGAAUUGAGAAUAUCCAUCCACACAAAAACUUGUACACACCAGCAUUGCUCAUAAUAACCAAAAAGCGGAAGCAAUCAAAGGUCAGUCAACCAAUGAAUGGACAAACAAAAUGUGGUAUAAUGGAACAUUACUCAGCAAUAAAAAGAAUGAAGAACUGAUACACACUACAACAUGGCUGAACCUCAGAAACAUAGCCCCUGGUUUGAUAUGUACCUGUCUGCUCGAGACUCCAUUGUCUUGAAUUUUAAUCCAUUUCUGGCAUUCAACCCUGACCCAAAGUCUGAGUAUAAUGACCAGCUCACCAGGGCAACCAACAUGACUGUUUCUGCCAUCCGGUUUCUGAAGACACUUCGGGCUGGUCUUUUGGAGCCAGAGGUUUUCCACUUGAACCCUGCGAAAAGUGACACUGAUACCUUCAAGAGACUCAUACGCUUUGUGCCUUCUUCUCUGUCCUGGUAUGGGGCCUACUUGGUCAAUGCUUAUCCCCUGGAUAUGUCCCAAUAUUUUCGGCUUUUCAAUUCAACCCGUUUACCCAAACCCAUUCAGGAUGAACUCUUUACUAAUGAGAAGGCUAGGCACCUCCUGGUCCUAAGAAAAGGACAUUUCUAUGUUUUUGAUGUCCUAGAUCAAGACGGAAACAUUGUGGGUGCCUCUGAAAUCCAGGCUCAUCUGAAGUACAUUCUCUCAGACAGUAGCCCUGCCCCCGAGUUUCCCCUGGCAUAUCUGACCACCGAGAACCGAGACGUCUGGGCAGAGCUCAGGCAGAAGCUGGCGAGUGGUGGCAAUGAGGAGGCCCUGAGGAAAGUGGACUCUGCUGUGUUCUGUCUCUGCCUAGAUGACUUCCCCAUUAAGGACCUCGUCCACUUGUGUCACAACAUGCUGCAUGGUGACGGCACAAACCGCUGGUUUGAUAAGUCCUUUAACCUCAUUAUGGCCAAGGACGGCACUGCUGCUAUCCACGUUGAGCAUGCUUGGGGCGAUGGGGUGGCGGUGCUCAGGUUUCUUAACGAAGUGUUCAAAGACAGCACUCAGGCCCCUGCUGUCACCCCACAGAGCCAGCCAGCCCGCAUGGACUCUUCUGUCGCCGUGCAGAAGCUUAACUUCAAGCUGAACGAUGCCUUAAAGACUGGCAUCAGCACCGCUAAGGAAAAGUUCAAUGCCACCGUGAAAACCCUCACUGUCGACCUCAUCCAGUUUCAGAGAGGAGGCAAAGAGUUCUUGAAGAAGCAGAAGCUGAGCCCUGACUCGGUGGCUCAGCUGGCCUUCCAGAUGGCCUUCUUGCGGCAGUAUGGGCAGACGGUGGCCACCUACGAGUCCUGUAGCACUGCAGCAUUCAAGCACGGCCGCACUGAGACCAUCCGCCCGGCCUCCAUCUUCACCAAGAGGUGUUCCCAGGCCUUCGUCAGGGAGCCCUCCAAGCACAGUACUGGAGAGCUUCAGCAGAUGAUAACCAAGUGCUCCACGUACCACGGCCAGCUGACCAAAGAAGCAGCAAUGGGCCAGGGCUUUGACCGACACUUAUUUGCUCUGCGUUACCUGGCAGCAGCCAAGGGGAUUGCUCUGCCUGAGCUAUACCUGGACCCUGCAUAUGGGCAGAUAAACCACAACAUCCUGUCCACGAGCACUCUGAACAGCCCAGCAAUGAACAUUGGUGGCUUUGCCCCUGUGGUCCCUGAUGGCUUUGGCAUUGGGUAUGCUGUUCAUGACAACUGGAUAGGCUGCAGCGUCUCCUCCUACCCAGGCCGCAAUGCCCGGGAGUUUGUCCAGUGUGUAGAGAAGGCCUUAGAAGACAUAUUUGAUGCCAUCGAAGGCAAAUGCAUCAAAACUUAGCUUCUGAGUGGGUGAAAAACUUCCAUCACUUCAUGGACAUGAAAAUUGGAGCCUAAUAGCCAGUAGGUGCUAGUAUAAGAACGAAACUAAUCAUGAGGUGCCUAAGCAGCCAGUGCUGUAAGACUUGAGCUUUAAGGUCAUGGUUUUAAAGCUAAACAUAUAAUUUCCAAGUGGGACUAGAUCACAAUUAAGGGUAAUGUGAGAUUUCAAUUUUAAGGACAUUUGAUCAGAAGGUGGGAUUUGGAAAAAUAACUCUCAGGUGUAUUUAUUGUUGAAGCAGAAAUAAAAUUUAAUUGUAGCUUGGA